CCUACUUUAAGUACUACUGUACAGUACAUCAUGUUCUUUUUGGGAACCAUCAGGUAAUCACACCCGACACCCGACAUUCGACUGCACCUUUCCAACUUCCUUCUGGCUCUUCACUCACUUUCACACACCCAACAAGCAAGUCCAAAGAAGAGACUGCCCAACUGCCUCCCAUUCUUGCUUCCUUGUCCUUGCCGACCAGCCGCAUGCUGCUCACACCGGACCCAUAAUUGCGCCGACUUGCCCAUCUCCAUCCGGACUGUCAUAUGCCAUUUGACUUUUGCUGCUCUGCAAAGGACCGAUUGCCGAGUCACUACCUACCUUAAGCUAGCUAGGAGGUAUUGAUAUGAGCUAGACCUUCACCACUUUGCCUCUUCCUCAACUCCACCCCCUCCAUACUAGACUACCUAGGUAGUAGUCCAUACUCGAUUCCACCAGCACUGGUAUAGAAUAUGCCCACCGGCACUGGGCCUGCCAACAACAAUCAAGACCAUCACACCACUCCCCGCGACUACACCGACAUGCCUACUGCCACGCUGCCCUCCUCCAGAAUCCCGAAUGCUUCGCCCUUCCUCCUCAAUGCCGAAGACGUCGACACCUUGUCCCACUCUCAAGGCUUCACUAUCCUUCGACAGCACCUGGCAGCAUACUACGACUACGAACUCUGCGAUUGCCAUACCCCUGCCCAUCUAGAAGACGUCGAACGAUGGCUCAUCACCCGCGAUGUCCUCCAUGCUCUGCUGGUCCCCGUCGUGGAACUGUUCGACAGAGCAUGCGGAGUCGCCUCAGCAGCUACACAAGCCACCAAGCUCGAGGAUCUCGAGUAUGCUUUUACUAGCUCAUCCAGGAGUGCCUUCGUCUGGCUGCAGUGCUUUCUUUCCGCCGAAAAAGAACGCGAUUGGUGCUAUACACGGGGCUGUCCCGCCUGUGUGGUCGAGCACUCGCUGGAUUCCGAGUUCACUAUCCGACUCUUAUAUGCCGCCUGUCUCCUCAGUGAUGUGCACUACCCCUUCACCAUCGAAGGACCGACGCUGCCCUCAUUCAUGUUCUUUCUGGACGCCGUGCACAAUGCUGUCGAAGGAGACGAGCUGUUUGGCCACGAUUUCCUUGAGGUGGUGCAGCCCAAAGCUAUGGUUACGAGAGAUGGUAUCGAGGAGCUCAUUCAUCAAUGUCUGGAGCUGGACAUUGUCUUAUCCGAGCCUUCGACCCCCGACCCGAUCAGUCCUGCUACAUCAGUCCCUCCCAGCCCCAUUCUGGGCUCAUGUGGCGGAACGCCGGGAAUCAAGAUCAGGCGCAGCAAGCUCGCGCGGAAGCAGAAGAGUAUGCAACUGGAAGAGGCAGAGUGGUUGGAAGUGAUGACGAAACAGAUAUGGGACACGACGCAACCUUCUAUCGAAGUGGGUGCUGCUGCCGCAACACUACUUCUCACCCAGAGUCUGGAUGCUGCUCUGAAACUCGAGCCUGCCGUCGCUGUCGACGAAUUGGCACCGGAAUGACCACGCGACCUCCCAUCACCACCACCACCACCACCAGACAAAGACAGCAAUGGCAUCCGCCGUAGCCGCCGUUCGUACCACUGCACGAGCUCAUAGCAAAAGACGUGGAUCAGCCCUGUUGUCCCAGUGACGAAUCAUGCGCCGUGGAGCUCGCUCGAUCAUGUUUCGGAGAGGGAGAUGAUGCAUCUUUUUGCUCGUGUGGUCAGGCCGCCACGUGGAGAGGAAUCUAGACCAGUCUAUGGAAUGGGGCCUCCUGUGGGAGUGCAGUUGCGUGGGAUCCAGAGUGGGUCUGAUCUUGAGCCGAUGUCAUGCUGCUACGGCUGAACUCAGGCGAGACUACAGUGUCGCGAAUGUCGGCUAAAGAAAUGUGACGAUGGGGCAAGAAGCAUGUGAGAGAUACCCACAACAUGAUGAACAGUUACAAUACUAGGAGGUAGCUGUAUGGAGAGUAGUAUCAACACUUUUUGCAAUACCAU